CGGGGACCUGGGCGUGUCGGGGGGCCCGUGGGUCCCCUGUGGGGACACGUGUGAGCGGCCGGUCCGCGGAGUCUCCGCGCCCCGCAGCACCUGAUGGAUGGCGCGGCCCCGGCGCCGGGCCCGCGCGGCGCGCUCCCGGCGCUCUCCCGCCAGCCCGCCCACCUCCACAUGCACACACAGGCGCGGCGGGAGGAGGAAAGGCAUCUCUCUCGUCGUUCCCCUUCUCGCCCCUUUUUCUUCUUCUUCUUCUUCUUCUUUUUUUUUUUUAAUCAAAUUUCAUUUUAUUUUUAUCACUGUAAUUAUUUUUAUCACUGUAAUAAUCCGAUUCCAGUCGGAUCCCGGCGGAAAAGGUGGAUCGCUUCUCAGAGGGUCCCCGCGGCUCCUGGGGAAGGCUGCUGACACUGUGGCUGCAGUUUACUCACAAGAUAUCAACCAAACACUAGUAUCUGAAGAACCACUUGGAUAGGCACAGCUCCUCACUCAGCAUGCCGUUCAAAGCUGGAUUAGAACUGACCGAAUUGCAGAAUAUGACUGUCCCUGAAGAUGAUAACAUCAGCAAUGAUUCAAAUGAUUUCACAGAGGUGGAAAAUGGCCAGAUAAAUAGCAAGUUUAUUUCGGAUCGAGAAAGCAGAAGAAGUCUCACAAACAGCCACCUCGAGAAGAAGAAAUGUGAUGAAUAUAUCCCAGGAACUACUUCACUGGGAAUGUCCGUCUUCAACCUUAGCAAUGCAAUUAUGGGCAGUGGGAUUUUGGGUCUUGCUUUUGCCUUGGCCAACACAGGAAUUCUCCUUUUUUUGCUGCUUUUGGUUUCGGUCACGCUGCUGUCUAUUUAUUCAAUACAUCUCCUGUUGGUGUGUUCAAAGGAAACAGGCUGCAUGGUGUAUGAAAAGCUUGGUGAGCAGAUCUUUGGUACUCCAGGGAAAAUGAUUGUCUUUGGAUCUACAUCUCUUCAGAAUGUUGGAGCAAUGUUGAGCUAUCUCUUCAUAGUCAAAAAUGAGCUGCCUUCUGCCAUAAAGUUUCUAAUGGGAAAAGAAGAAACUUUUUCGGAAUGGUACGUGGAUGGGCGGAUUCUUGUUGUCACAGUGACGUUAUUUAUCAUCCUCCCUUUAUGUCUCCUGAAGAACUUAGGAUACCUUGGCUAUACCAGUGGAUUUUCAUUAAGCUGCAUGGUAUUUUUCCUGGUAGUGGUUAUUUACAAGAAGUUUCAAAUUCCCUGUGAUGGACAAGGGCUAAAUGCAACAUCAUCUAUCCUAUCAAAUAGCUCAGAACAUACGUGUAAGCCAAAGUAUGUUAUCUUUAAUUCCAAGACCGUGUACGCUUUGCCCACCAUUGCUUUUGCAUUUGUGUGCCACCCAUCAGUCCUCCCGAUUUACAGCGAACUUAAAGACCGUUCACAGAAAAAAAUGCAGUUGGUUUCAAAUAUCUCAUUUUUUGCCAUGUUUCUGAUGUACUUUAUGACUGCCAUAUUUGGCUAUUUGACUUUCUACGAGAAUGUGCAGUCAGAUCUGCUUCACAAAUACCAGAGCAAAGAUGACAUCCUCAUCCUGACCGUGCGCUUGGCUGUGAUCGUGGCGGUGAUUCUCACCGUGCCAGUGCUGUUUUUCACUGUGCGUUCAUCAUUAUUUGAGAUGGCCAGAAAAACAAAAUUUGACUUAUGCCGUCAUAUUUUCGUUACUCUUGUUCUUUUGGUUAUCAUCAACCUGUUAGUCAUUUUUAUCCCAUCCAUGAAGGAUAUUUUUGGAGUUGUAGGGGUCACUUCUGCCAAUAUGCUGAUCUUCAUUCUUCCUUCAUCGUUGUAUUUAAAAAUUACACAGCAGGAUGGAUCAAAGUUGACUCAGAGGAUCUGGGCUGCUCUUUUUUUGGCACUGGGGGUAUUGUUUUCCCUAGUGAGCAUUCCCUUGGUCAUCUAUGACUGGGUACAAUCAGGAGGCAGUGCUGAAGGCCACUGAAGUUCACCUUCUUCUCAAAAGAAGAUACCCCUGUUUGCUACACACCAAAAUCGCAACCAUCCGUUCUGUUGUCUAUUCCACCUUUUGUGAGUUUACUCAAAUCAAAUCCAAAUAAUGAUUAUCCAGUACUGAAAAUACUGUCAUGGGAGUAUUUUCUUACAGAAAACAGACCCAUUCUUCCAGCAGGCAUAUCACUCUCUGAUCAUCAAAAAUCUGUGUUAAUUGUCCAUGAGAUUAUAUAGAGCAUCGCUUAUAGAAAUUUGUCACAAUUAGUUUCCCCUCUUUCACCCAUGAAUUGCAUUGUUCCAUUAUUUUCCUUAGCCCUCCAGCCACAAGCUCUGCUCCUUUAGGGCAGCAGCGCCUGUUGCUAUCAAUUCCAACUGGAGUGUUGUCCGUUUACAUCCUUCCCCUCUCUUUUAGCCAAAACUCUGCUCUCUAAUUGUAUGCAUCUGGUUUGUUGGUUUGUUUGUUUGUUCUGUUGCUGUUCCAGGCACCAUUUGCCUCACUGGGUUAAGUGUAGCAUUCUGGAUACAGGCAUGAAAAGCACCACAAGAGCGUAGCUGAAUGCCGUGUAAGCGUAGGUCCUAAAUCCGGUGCUUCUCUCUGAUGUUUUGGGGCGCGGACCAGGCCCAGGGCUUGGCCCAUUCAUGGCUCUGGGGAACAGACUCUGUGUGUCUGUGUGUGUGUUGUGUGUGUCUUUGUGAUGUGGAGCAGGGAGCAGGAGAAGGACAGCCACCACCACUAGCCACUAUUCCUCUGGCGCACUUGAGCCGGACGUUGACCAGAACUUGACCCCAAAUCAUGAGUACUUGAGUCUGAAGAGAAGCAGAUAUUUGGAGAUUUCCAUAAGAAGUCUGCAUUUUCUUCAGCAUUAAACUGUUUAGUAAUGCCCCAUUGGUCUCAGAAAAAAAAAAUACCAAGCUCCAGUUUUAUCAAGACCUACGCAUUUAAUCAUACCUCAUGCCUUUUCCAUACCUUGUAGGGACUGGCUCCUCUCUUGUGUGUCUUACCCUCCUCCCACUGAAGUCAGUGGGGUCUUUGACAGCAGUGGGAGCAGGAUUUGACUCACUCUGCCAAAAUACUAGAUUUCUAAUGGAAAUUGAAAUCUGCAACAUUUCUUUAAAUGAACAGAAAUACUUUUUAUAUUUGAAAGAUUUCAUUUACAUUUUUCAUUAGUUCUGCAUAACAAUUAGAAGAUAUUCUAUUAGCAGAAACACUGUAACUUGCAACAGUUGUCCACAGAAUAAGCAUUUGCCUAAUGCCUUAUAGCUGGUGUAGAGAACCACAUGUAGAGACUCAAAAACUAAGCAGGUGAUCACUCACUGUCCUGAGCAGACAUCUUCUAUUAGUGCACUGCCAGAAGCAUAAACGUGUUCACUUUAUGUCAUUCACCAUGUGAGCUAAAGAGUGUCUCAGAAUAAGAACGUGGCUCCCACUGAAAGAACUGAUUGCUAGAGGGAGCCCUGCUUCAUGCCCAAGGGCUGUGAUGCCCUUGGUAUGCUCGAGCCAUACCUGUCAGUAUGCAGCGACCCUCUUGUUCUCAGUAGCUGGUUCAUUGACAAAUCCCUUUGUAACUGUGGAGGCAGACCAUCAUCAGCUGUGAGGAAUCUGUCAUUGCAACUUACUCUUUUUAAGGCUAGGGAUAGAGUAUUUGGGAUCUUGGCAUUUCUGUGAGCUACUGAAUUGCCUCAGUUGCCAUUACCUUGUUAUGUAACACCCUACCAUUGCUUGGAGUCACUGAAAGUUGAGAUCACAGAACACAUCUCAGGACCUUGAAGGUUGAUUUCUAAAGAUAACAUCCAGAGAGGUUAGUUUGAGGCCUUCCUAGAAAUUUGGGCAUGAGAUGCAUAUUGGUCAUGCUGCAGAAACUAAGCCUACUAAGCCCAAACUGCCAGAUCCAGAAAUAAGGCAGAGUGGAUUCCACAAACUUCCAAAGUACUUGGAGUAGCCCAGCAGCAAGAACAAGACUAGAAACCUCCCAGCAAGGUGCAUCAUCCUUUCUCCCAAGCACCCCCUAGCCCAACCUUUAACAUACGAACUGCUGAGCUACCUGGACCCCCCGCAGUAAGGUCCCUUGUGCUUUCCUGUGGGUGGUCUCAGACCCUUAUCUGUGAUGGUGCAGGUCACCAGUUCUUUUUGUGCUUAUGGGACUGAUCCCUGCCCUUAUUCACAGAAAAGUCCAUACCAUAGUCUACAAGACCAGGUGUUAGGCAAGCUCUGGGGAGAAGAGCCUGUGCUUUGUUCCUAUCUCUUUGCACCUCAUUCAUCUUCUCAGCUUGGGAUGUAAAUUUGCGGUUUUCCUUUUGCAGGCACCCAACCCUCAGUGGUCACUGCAGCAGAAGCCCAGCAUCUCACUCCAUUCUCUGACUCAGCUUGCUGAGGUUGCAUUUCAGGUUUUGAGGUGCCUUAUAAUCUCUCUGGAUCUUAUCCUAAAAACCUAACUCAGACCUGAGAAUGCUGUGCAGUGUUAUCCUUAAGAUGCUACCAGGCUCUCCUGCUUUCCUCCCCUUUAUCUUUCUUCUACUACUGAUUAAUGAACAGCACAGCGCUGUGCACUGGGGGGUUGUGAGAGAUGAGAUCCUAGGAAAGAUUUUCAAGUAUCCAGGUAUGAGCUAAAGGUCUGACCUGCUGCACAGGAUUCCAGCAAGGUCACAUAUGUGACAUCUCCCUCCUCUUUCCUCCCCCCACCCUCAAAUAGUCUGUAGUCUGCUGUUUGAAAUAUGAACCAUUGAGUUUUGGCACCCAACUUCCUUUGACUGGAAGGGCUGUUGGGUCAGUGAUUGUUCACCUUCCUAAAUCUCCUCCAUCACUAUUCCUCUCUCCCCUCUUUGCUAUUCUGCCUUCUCCUUUUCCCCAGUUUAUUUGUAUACUGGAGUUUUACUGAAUAAAUAGGGAGAAUGAGCUGAGUGUGCAUAGAAGUGAAAUUACCCAAGGUACUAAACCACCAAAGCAUGUCUUAUAUACUGAAAAAUAGAUACCCAAAAUAUUAAGUCUUUAAACAGACUUUGUUUCUGGGUCUCGUAAAAAAAAAAAAAAAAAGGGUAUUUUGCUUAGACUGAUUUACUGGCAUCAUAUUUAUAGAUAUUUAUGGAAAGGAAUCAUGUGUUUUUUGAUGUCUGUGGUAAUGAACGUGAAAUAACGUGCUUUUUGUUUUCUCAUCAGGUUUAUACAUUCUUAACAGAAUGCAAUAGACCCUGCUGUAACUGUCAACAUCAGUGAUGGAUGACAAUAUUUGUAUGAGGUUAUCUGUAAAAUGUACUGCUGUUAUUCAGUUCAUUUGGAAUAGUGAACCUGUAGCCACGAUUGUACGAGUCCCACAUUUUAGUUAGGAUUUUAAGAGCACAGUGAAAUGCUGUAGGAGUUUCUCUGUUGUAAAAUUAAUAGGAUCCAGAGUACCAUAUUUACUUAGUAGGUGAUAGCAUGCUUUCUUUUCAUAGAGAGUUUAUCGCUAUUGUGAGCACUGCAAAUGUCAUAGACUGGAUGCAAAAUUGCUCCUAAUAACUGCAACAAAAAACCUUAAAAUUCUUAUUUGUGUAGUAGCAACAAUCAAGUGGUGAGGAACAAGGAAGAACUAAUUAGAAGCAGGGAUUACUAAUAAGAUUGUAAGAGUUAAUCCUACACUUAAAAGACAGCCUUGCUGCCUCUCCUAGUCCACAGCACAUUGCAAAGAAAAUAGUUAUGGGCUUACAGCAGCCGUCAUACAGCUGCCCUUCUCUGUCCAAUGGCAAACAUGCCUAGGUAGUAAAACAUAGUAAAUUGUUAUUUGGGAACAGUGUCUCGGGGCAGUGACCUCUCUGGGUGAUGCGUGCUCCUGGUCAGAGGGCCAAGGCCAAAUCUGUGCACCAGCACAGACCUUUUGUAGAGCUGACAUGAACCAAGGGGUGCCUGGCACAUGUGCAAGCCUAGGGCACAAGAGCUGGUGUCAUCCUGCAAGGUCAGGGAUGGGGAUGCUCAUCCACUCCGAGGGCUGCUCUUCUGAGCCACAUAUGAACCCAAAGCCUGUGCUCCACCUGUAAUAGGUCACACAUACAAGUGUGGGUUGGAUGGUGUGUGGGUUUUGUCUGUACAUCUGCCUUACAAUGCAUAAGCGUAACACAGCUCUCUGAUAUUGAGUAUUAAACAGUAACAAUUAAUGGUAUGUCUAGUUUAUCUUGAAAUUUAUACAUGUCUUUGCUUGAACCUUACAUUAAGGCUAAAGAGCACCUUGGUCAAAACAAAACUUUCUUGUGGUGGUGUCCCACCUCCAGUCCUACUGCCCCACCCCAGUGCCUGUAGGAGAAAGGCACCACAGAAUGUACUCAGCUCCAUCAGCAGCUCCAUGAGAUGGCUUUAUCAGCUGGCGCCACGGUGCUUUCCUAAACAAAUCCCCGAGCCCUUGGCGUCAGAAAAUCCUUAUUUCCUGUAACGUACAGCAAAGAAUGUUUUAUUUGUAUCUAAUGUAAGGAUUUCUGUAAUGAACUCCGGAAAAAAAAAAAGCUAAUUAAUUAAUAAAAGGUACAGGGCUGGAAAGUCUAGAAUUCACAAAUUGUACACAUACCUAUGUUUCUGAAGACAAAUCUAUGCAGUUGUGUUGUAUUGUAGGAAAUUUCAUUUUUAUGUACAUAUAUAUUGUAAAUAAAUAGGAUGCUGUAUAUUUUUGCAGUUGGUUAUCCCCUAUGAAUAGAAGUGUUGAGAUAGGCUCUGCAUAUUAAGAGUAAUUUUAAUGGAAAUACAAAUACUUUAGCUUGUUAGCAAAAUGUAUAUCCUUUUCUUUCUCCCAAAAGUUCACGAGUUAAAUCCUAAACUUGAAGUUAUAAUUAUAUCCCUAAAGUAAAAAGAUAAAUAAAAGGUCCAGUUAAAUUGCGAGGAUUAAUUCCAAUGCAUGACUCCCUGUUUUUUUCAACAGCAAGUCUGCCAGUCUUCCUGUUGGGUAAAAUAUCUCCCUUGUUAAAGGGCCCCUUAGGUACCCAGAUACCUCUUACUUUCUCAGCUGGGGUCAAUUGGGAGUAAGGUGCUGAAAAGGGUUUAUGGAAGAAACCAUGGCAAACUGCAGCCAGCAAUUUGAUCUAGCAUUAUGCUGUGUUGUGUCCAGGCGUGUAUUUACCCAACUAGUACAAACAGAAGCCAGGGCAGAGCUUCUGUAUUUCCAUUUUCAGCCAUCAGAAAUGCCAGUAGUUCAGAAAAAAAAAGUAUGACAAGCCAGGGGUCAGCAGCAACCAGAGCAAUUGGUGCCAUUUCCAGCCCCCUCCCUUCCUGCAGAGUCCUGUGGCUGCUCCGCCUCAGACCCUGCUGCUCUCAUGUGACCAAAAUGCUGGCACCUGAGGCUGCCAAGAGCUUCCCUGGCCAGGGACUGCUUGCACAUCUCACUCUGUGAAUAGGCAGAGGUCAUUGGAUAGCUGUGUCCAGGGGUAUGUCCUGAGAGUGCAUCCAUCAGAGGCCUUCCUUUCUGAUAAAGCAUGGAAAUGUUUUUUCGGGACUGCUGAAAAAUAGAGUUUAAGAAAUGUAUCUAAAAAUAAUAUGGGUUUUUUCCAUGUUUACUUUAUGGGCUUGGAUGAAAAUGAAACUUGAAAUAACAUUUGCUUUUAUCAUGAGCACAAAUUUGAGGGGAAAACCCUAUAUACAAUCAGUUCUACAGAGCUUUUCAAAUUAAUACCAGUGUAUGUUUUGUUUUCAGUGUUAUAGCCAACAAAAUAUAAACUGAAAAGGUAUUUUUCCACUAGACUUGAACUUUACAUUGUUUAUAGAAACCUGGUUUUAGUGUCCCAACAUGCUAAGGCUCACACAGACCCAGUAUAAACAAUGUUGUUUGAAUGAUGUAUGCUUCAUACAAGCUCAUGUCUGAUAGAUUGUUGAAGUGAGUCAUUGGUAAUAUUUUGCUCCUUUUAACAUCACCUGUUAACUUUGUGCUGCUCAUAUCCAAAUAAACAGUACAGUUUUUCAGUUUCUAUGUGUAAAUAAAAUGUAUCAAGUUCUAUGAUCUCUCUGUUACCUCUUAGUUUUUAAACAUUAAAAUUGGGAUCUAAAUUAA